GCGGGCCCCCAGGCGGAGCGGCGGGCCCCCAGGCGGAGCGGCGGGCCCUCAGGUGGAGCGGCGGGGUACCGGGCCCUCAGGCGGAGCGGCAGGGCCCUCAGGCGGAACGGCGGGCCCUCAGGCGGAGCGGCGGGCACCGGGCCCCCAGGAGAGGCGGUGGGCACCGGGCCCGCAGGCGGAGCGGCGGGCACCGGGUCAUCAGGCACGACAGUGGGUUCCGAGUCAACUGACAUGACCGCGGGCACUGGGUCAGACAUUGGAUCGUCUGGCUCGACAGCGGGCAUCGGGUCACCAGGCAUCAGGCUGAAUCAGUUCAUGAGGCUGGGUAGAGGCAUCAGGCUGGGUAAAGACAUCAGGCUGAAUUGUGGGCGCCGAGGCACCAGGCUGAUCCACGGAAGGCAGGUUCUCAGACGGCAGGCUCACCGGUUUGGAUACUGGCAGGAUGGUACUGGUUGGAAAGAAUUUUCGCUUUUUUUCUGGUUUUAACUACUGGAGCACUGCAAGUAAACGCAGGUCUGCAAACGAAUGGAGCAGCUGAGGACAGAGGAGAGCUGGAGGAUGGAACAGAGGAGGGAGCAGUUGCUACAGAGGACUUCUUUACAGGGUUAAAGAAAGGAUAGGUGCAGCGAGUGGGAGCAGA